AUGGCGUCCUCCGAUGAGGGCGAAGAUGGCAACGAUCACAUCGAUCCCAAUGUACAAUGCGCUGUGAAGCUCAAGGCGCCCAGAGUCGGGCGGUGCAGAAAAGCUCUGGCCUGCCAAUAUCACAGCGAUGCGAUGAAGCGCGCUGUUCCCGAUCGCGACCAUCCGUUCGAUGAACUUGUCUUGCUCGACCCGGUGCAGCUCACUGGACGUCAGAAGGGCGUAUCUUCCGUUGACCCAGACAAGUGUUGCGCAGUCGACGAUGGGAAGAGCGGACCCUGCAACAGAAAUUUGACUUGCGCGCUUCAUGUUCUGUCGCAGAAAGAGGCCGUAAAAGGUCGCUCUGCGCCUUUCAAAGACCUCGUGAAAGCUUUCAAGCUAGCCGCUGUCAAGCCUUCACAGAGUAUCGACCUAGACACCUGUUGCGCUGUUAACCUUGGAGACGGAAAGCGGUGCAACAGAAAUCUAAUUUGCAAGAUUCACAAGGCGCCGGAGAAGAACAAAGUAAAAGGCCGCUCUGCACCCUUCAAAGAGCUUGUUCGUCGCUAUGAGCUAAGUCGCGAGAAGGCGAAGGCCGCCAGGACAAAGAUCAAUCUUGACCUCAACUGCGGCGUUGAUAUCGGCGACGGAGCCCAAUGCGGCAGGCUUCUCGGCUGUACCCUCCAUGAACUCGCAACGAAGCAGAAAGUUCAAGGUCGCUCCGCUCCUCUCGACGAGCUCAUUCGUCGUCACAAGCUGAGCAAUCAGAAAGUCACAGGGCAGGAGCUGAAUCUCGAUGUCAAUUGCGGCGUUAUCAAGGAAGAUGGGACGCCUUGCACCUGGGGCUUGACGUGCAGAGUGCAUAGCGAUCAGGACAGGAGUGCUGUCCAGGGUCGAUCGACUACAUUCGAAGAGCUUGUCCGUCGCCACGAGUUGGCAGUUCAGCGGAUCUCAACCGAGCAAGUGGACCCUGACAUUCACUGUGCCGUCGGGAUGGAUGGAGGACGCCGCUGCAAUCAUUCGCUGAGGUGCGACUUACACACGCUUGCGGAGAAGCAGAAAGUAGCAGAUCGCAGUCUACCAGUCGAAGACGCUCUCGCAAAACAGAAGGCGCUGAAGAACAGCCCGCCGAAGUACGGGCACUUCGCUGCAACAGCUGGUCACAAGGUCUUCUCGAUCAUCAAUCUUUAUCGCCGGAGUGGUGUGCAAACAUUGGAUCUUGAUCCAGAAGAAGCAAUGGAAUGUCCGACACCCGGCGAGAUCAUGAUCUCUCCCAUGGGCCCAAACCUGGAGCGAGUACAGCAAAUUUUGAAUGAUGCAGGCACCGCCAAUUUCGAGCAAAACAUCCUGAACAUCCUCCCAAAGACCAACAAGCGAUCUGUUGAUGGAGACCGAGCGAAGAUCUUCAAGAACAAAGACGGUUAUCACUUCUGCUUCGUCUCCGCGGAAGGCAAAGUGAGAGCGAAGCUGGCGACCUUGCAACAGAACAUUGCCGCUGGCAAGACCAAAGACGCUUGCAUCAUCUCCGCUGCUCAGGAAUUCUACAAGUUUACCGAAGAUUCCGCUGCGGCUGUCAUGAACCAGCUUCAGGUCUACAUCGCGCGCUUGCCCAUCAGCCUUGAACAAACGACCGAUUCGCUGAAGAACAUCCUUCUUCACCACGCUAUCUCUGCUGUGAACGCAGCUAAGGUUCCUUACCAGAUCCAAAAGUCUCUUGUUGACGACCGGAUGUGUCUUGUGGUUCAUCUGCAGAACUUCAAUCACGAUCUGCGCACGCACGAAACGCUUGUCGCCAUUCCCUUGGACAGUCAGCCUAGAGAAGGCAUCGAAGUACCAGCUCGCGAAAAGUUCUACACAUUCCAGGAGGAGAGAUGGACUGAUCCACUUGGUUCGAACGCCACUCACCGCAAGCUUUUCGAUAUCGCUUCCCACGUUGUGUCAAGCUUGCAUCUCUACCGCGCGAACCCUGUGCAGAUCCGAAUCACGCUCUGCGAGAUCAGCAAGACUUUCGACGUUCCUUUGCUGUUUCAAUUCGCCGAACAGGCCUACGAUAACGCUCUAAAGCUCAAUGCUGCCUUUGCGUCUUACGAUGAAGUGAAAAACGUCAUUCGACCAAGCAUUGAAGCAAAGGCUGUAGAGUCGUCGCUGCCCAACAUCAAAGUCCAGGACUCACGUUCCGCGCAUCUCGUUCUACAAUGCCUGAACAAUCGGAUGUUGCACACUCACGAUCUAUGGCUGGCCUGGAGCGAAGCAGCUCGUGCCGCAGAUGAACACAACAGCCAUCCAGAGGAACCUACCGUGCUUGCAUGCCAAUGCUCUGAGGUCAAAAGCGGCGUCGAGCUGCACAGAUGCUUUGCGUGUCGCAGGAUGGUUGUGUGUAAGAGCCUGGUCAAGGUCGACUACGAAGGCUUCCCGACCAUGUUCUGUCAGCAAUGCCUGCCGCCGAACUCGUCAAGUGACGACGAGCUUGACGAUUCAUGGGGCACCUUUCAACAUGACCGACACCCAGAAAUCGACAGAGUCCGCAGAAACAUUCUGAAGGCUGUCUCGCCCGAGUUUGACAUCCUAUUUCCAGAUGCGAAGGGCUUCCAGUCGGACGCCCGUGUCAAGAAUCGCGCUGCCGCGUACAACGCCCUCCUGCCAACGUUUGAGGAGGUGGACACCCCUCCUGGCUGGCAAUGGACUGACGCGUAUUUCGAUACUGCAGUCAACCAGAAGGGCGGCCCUUUUGGAAUAAGCGUUGAGGCUGCGCUUCCUCUCAUCUUGCACGAGGGUCUUCCUCGGACACACGUUGGUCCCAACAUGCGUCUGGUGCGAUUUUACGGAAACGUACUCUGCGGGACCUUUCCAUCCAUCUUACUAAAGGUCUACCAUCAACUCGAUGCCUCCGAGACGCAGCCUGAGAUUGACGAUGGCAUCGCACGGCUGGACAACCUUCAUUUGAUACGCUCUCAGGUUCCAUGGUCCAAAACGCUGCGUCUCGAGACAACAUACGAUCCGUCCUUUCUCGUAGAGUUCCAACAUCAGUGUCAGACUGGAGUUGCUACUCUUGCAGGCUGCGAAACUCUUAAAGAGCAAGAGUCGCACGAGGACUUGUCACAACUGUGGAGAAUCCGAACAGUGACCGUCUCUAAAUUCGAGGCAAAUCUUCCGGAGUUAAUCGACGUCCAAGACUUCAUUGAGUCCAUCGAGGCUCUAUUCGACUUCCAAUUCCCUCGGGUGAAUGAUGUGCCCUAUCCCUUCCACGGCGGCCCAGUUCCGACCGAAUAUUCGUGGUGCUUCCUGUACGCGGUAAUCGGCGUUCAUUUCAACACCCUACGAGCAAAUUGCAAUUCGCGAUGGACGACGACCUUCGAUCUUCCGAGGCUCAUCUGCGGGAUUUUCUUCCUGUUAUGCUGGAGGCACAAUCCCAGCCCAAAUCCACAGCAGCUGUUCAGAGUGCCAUGUUCCAUCUACACCCAUCAUCCGACCCAUCUCUCCGCCGGAAAGAACGACCAUUCUAAGGAGAUGUCCGUCGGGUUCGCCGAUGGUGUGCCCAUCUCGCUGGACAGCUUCGACUUGAACAACUUCAAUCUUUGCGUGGAGCCAUGGCUCGCCAAUUCUGCCAAAGGUAACCGCGAUGACCUGACCGAUGAGAUUAGGCGUGACUUCCGGCAAAAUCUGAAGCACGACAAUCCCCCACUCUGGCCUGGUACAUUACCCGACCUCAAUGCAGAGGUGACUGCGCAAUACAUCGUCAAUGCAUCCAGCAUGGUUGCUCUUGACGAAGCAACAGCCGGCGAUCCCAGACUCUCGAGAUCCCGAAUCGGCGAUACUCCUGCCCGUCCUGACGCUAAUGUGUCCAGAGCAGAAGCCACUUCUGCUGGUGGACGAGUAGCAGCAUCGGCAGUCUCCCAAUACCGUAACAUGUCCAACCUUGGGGCCACCUGCUACCUAUCCAAUAUCUGCCAGAUCUUGUGCCAAAACGUCGACUUUCGGAGACUACUCAACGAUGAUAGCAAAUUGCUGUUCAAGGCCGAGACUGGAUCGAAGGACGUGCUCUUUAUCCCAGCAGGUCAGUUCAUUCGUGAUCUCGACGCCUCACAGAUCGCAGCACUCCGCCGCCUGCGAGUACAGAACUAUCAGCGUCUCAUUCAGCGCUUGCGCAGCCUGUUCUCGGCUCUCGAUGCUGGCGGAGCGAAGCUGAGCGAAUCGGUCACGCAAGACAUUCUCGACCGCAUUCACGCCAUCAACAGUAGAUUCGUCAACGCGUCGGACGAGUCAGCGCAGGCUUUUUCUCUCAUUCUGGACAGUGUUAGUUCGGCGAUGGACAAUUCGAAUGCGGCAUCGAGGGGAGUAUAUGAGAGCAUCUCGGAGCGGCAAGAAGUGGACAACAAGGCUGGCAAACCACCUUACCCCGUCGAGCUCGAUGCGCAGACCUACUGGGACGCUUGGUCCAACGAAGGCAAUCUGAGCGACAUGGCGUCCAUGUUCUAUACGCAGGUUGUCCGCGAGAUCCCUUGCAAGGCUUCGACCUGCCCGGUGACUGCUCGUGGAUUUGAGAUGACCAACAUGAUUUAUCUGGACUUGCCCUCAAGCGAUGACCCGAGCGAGACAGGCGCUGAUCCGAAUCAGACAUUCCGCCUCGGCGAACUGCUUGAUGCAUGGGCUCUCGAGCCUGUUGCUGGCGAUGGCCAUCGGUGCGAGCACGAUUCAAGCCACGAGCCUUGCCACACGUCCUACCGCUGUAUCACCAGACCAGCACAGUACAUCUGCUUCGGCAUUCGGCGCGGCGGCGUCUACCACCAUGAUUUCAACAUCGUCGAGAUGCCGGAAGUGCUCGACCUUGCCAAGUACACGAGUUUGAGGAAUCUGCCAUCCCAUCAACGCGUUGCCGGAGCUGACGAUGCCGAGAGCGGUCCGGUUAUGUAUGACCUUGCGGCUGUCAGCAAUUGGGUCAAUGGCGGUCACUACAAGGGCUACGUGGCGGAGGAGCAUUCGGAGCAGGAUCGUUGGGUCGAAUUCGAUGACGUGAAGCUCUUUCCGAGGAGAAAAACUCCGCAACAAUCGUGGAUAGAAGGAGAACUUACCCAUUUCGGAAUGUACAAGAGGCGCUCGGCCGAUGUGCAGAUGCUCGAUCCUCCUGCGAACCGAUCUAGCGAUGAGACCGGCACAGACCUCACGAUCGAGGGUGGCGAGAAGCCCGGCAUGAGUUCCACGCGUCCGGCCGUCGCGGGACCUUCGACGGCAAGAGUGCGCAGCCCUCCGGAAUCAAUGGCCCAAGAUCGUGUCACUCUCCGGCGCGAGCAAGCUGAUUGGGACGUGUCCACAGCUCGAACGGUGGCAGAGUUCCGCGCCCGUGAGGAGGCAGUCAGUCGUCGAGAACGUGAGGUGGAGUUGAAGGAGAAAGCAAUUGCGGCGCGCCAACAGGAGAUCGAUGAAGCGGCUACCAUCAAGGCUCGUCUUGCUACAUUCUGCAACGAGAGAGAUGAGCAACUUCGCGCUAUUACUGCAAUCGAGCAGAGACUCGCAGCUGUAGAGUCUCGCUUGGAAGCGGAGGCGCAUCAAAUUGCCGGUCAGCGAGCGCCCUUUGCUGCUCAGUUCGAGACUCUGGAUGCUCGCAGUAGAGAGAUUGCUGAGGAGCUGGCGGCAGAGAGACGUUUGGCGCAGGGGCAGAUUCAAGACUGCAAGGAGCGCAUUCUGGCACUUGUGUCGGCUCGAUGA